UAAAAACUCACCGGUUACAUUACACAUCUUCGCACACAAAAACCAAAGGCAAAGGAAGAGAGACUUGAAUGGUUGAAUUCCACUCUCCAACUUUUAGUAUUUCCUUUGUAGAAGGAUUGGUUCCUGGCUCUCAGUGAGCUUUUUGUAUUGUUGUGGCUGGCGGUCUUUCUUCUCUCUCUUUCUUUUCAUUCGCAAGAAGGACUGACUUAAUUACGGCCUUAACGAAAAUUUUGUAUUUAAUUUUCCUUUCUCAUUUCAAGGAUUAACUCUCUCAUUUCACUCUCCUAAAUCAUGCUUUUUUCUUUCUUUUCUUCUCCCUUUUCCCUCGUUUUAAAAUGCUUCUUCAUCCACCUUGGUUAACUCUCAGUUAUGUGUUUUAUUAAAUAUACGUGUUGUGGGAUAUGUAUUAUGUAUAUAUAGGUGUUGAAAGAGUGCGGUUUUGAAGGGUCGGGUUGAGUUUGUAAAGAUUGAAAAUAUGGAGUUUGGAAGUGGGUCUGGUGGAGACCAUGAUGGCUCAGACCCUCAUAAUAGAAGAAAGCGAUAUCAUCGCCAUACUGCUCAUCAGAUUCAGCGGCUUGAAGCAAUGUUCAAGGAGUGCCCACACCCGGAUGAAAAACAAAGGUUACAGUUGAGUAGAGAAUUGGGUUUGGCUCCAAGGCAGAUCAAGUUUUGGUUUCAAAAUAGGAGAACCCAAAUGAAGGCACAACAUGAAAGAGCAGAUAAUUGUGGUUUGAGAGCAGAAAAUGAUAAGAUCCGGUGUGAAAAUAUAGCCAUCAGAGAAGCUCUCAAGAACGUGAUUUGCCCUUCUUGUGGUGGUCCUCCUGUAACUGAAGAUUCUUAUUUUGAUGAACAAAAGUUGAGAAUAGAGAAUGCUCAAUUGAAAGAAGAGCUUGAUAGAGUUUCUAGUAUUGCUGCAAAGUACAUUGGGAGGCCAAUCUCUCAACUACCACCAAUGCAGCCAAUUCAUAUUUCUUCUUUGGAUUUAACAAUGGGGAUUUAUGGAGGCCAAGGGCUUGGUGGUCCUUCUCUUGACCUUGAUCUUCUUCCUGGAAGUUCUUCCACUAUGCCAAGUUUGCCUUAUCAACAGAUAGUUUUAUCAGACAUGGAUAAGUCUCUGAUGACGGAUAUUGCCUCAAAUGCAAUGAAAGAAUUGAUAUGCCUUUUGCAGACGAAUGAGCCCUUGUGGAUCAAGUCUUCAAUAGAUGGUAGAGAUAUUCUUGAUCUUGAUAGCUACGAGAGAAUGUUUCCAAGGGCUAAUGGCCACUUGAAAAAUCCCAAUGUUAGAAUUGAGUCUUCCAGAGAAUCUGGAGUUGUGAUUAUGAAUGGCUUAGCAUUGGUUGGCAUGUUUAUGGACUGUAACAAAUGGGUGGAGUUGUUUCCUACUGUUGUGUCGAUGUCGAAAACAAUUGAAGUAAUAUCAUCUGGAAUGUUGGGUAGUCAUGGUGGUUCGUUGCAAUUGAUGUACGAAGAGUUGCAGGUGCUUUCACCGCUUGUACCGACCAGAGAGUUCUAUAUCCUCCGUUAUUGUCAGCAAAUGGAACAAGGCUUGUGGGCAAUAGUAAAUGUUUCUUAUGAUUUUCCCCAAUUUGCUUCUCAAUGUCACUCUCAUAGAUUACCUUCUGGAUGCUUGAUUCAGGACAUGCCUAAUGGAUACUCAAAGGUUACGUGGGUUGAACAUGUUGAAAUUGAAGAGCGAACACCUAUUCACCGGAUUUAUCGAGAUCUUAUUCAUAGUGGAUUGGCAUUUGGAGCUAAUCGUUGGCUUGCUACUCUUCAGAGAAUGUGUGAGAGGAUUGCUUGUCUAAUGGUUUCAGGGACUUCAACUCGCGACCUUGGAGGAGUUUUUCCAUCACCUGACGGAAAACAAAGCAUGAUGAAACUUGCUCAAAGAAUGGUUAACAACUUCUGUACUAGUGUUAGUGCAUCGAAUAGCCAUCAUUGGACCACUCUUUCUGGGUUGAAUGAAGUAGGUGUCCGAGUUGCUCUACAUAAGAGCACUGAUCCUGGCCAACCUAAUGGUGUGGUUCUUAAUGCAGCAACUAGCUUUUGGAUUCCAUUUUCACCCCAAAACGUCUUCAAUUUUUUCAAAGAUUUAAAAACUCGGACUCAGUGGGAUGUUCUCUCCAAUGGUAAUGCAGUACAAGAAGUUGCUAACAUUGCAAAUGGGUCACAUCCUGGGAACUGCAUAUCGGUUCUUCGAGCCUGCAAUACUAGCCAAAACAACAUGUUAAUUCUCCAAGAGAGCUGCAUAGACAAUUCAGGAGCACUAGUAGUUUACUGUCCAGUUGAAUUGUCUGCCAUCAACAUAGCAAUGAGCGGCGAGGACCCAUCCUACAUUCCCCUACUCCCGUCAGGAUUCACAAUUUCACCCGAUGGUCGUCUAGACCAAUGCAGAGAUGGGGCCUCGACAAGUUCAAACAUCCAUGGAAAUAUCGGAAGAUCUAGUGGCUCACUUAUUACAGUUGCAUUUCAGAUUCUAGUAAGCAACCUACCAUCUGCUAAACUAAAUUUGGAGUCAGUGAACACGGUUAAUAACCUUAUCAGCACGACUGUCCAACAAAUUAAGGCUGCUUUGAAUUGUCCUAGUUCCUGAUGAUUCUGCAACACAACUGGUUCGCUUUCUCUCUCUCUCUCUCUCUCUCUCUCUCACACUCUCUACCAUCCUUAAAUAUUUAUAUCAGAGAAAUCCAGAGUGGAACAAGUGUUGGAGUUAGUUGGAGCUUUGAAUGCAUUUUCAUCAAGAGCUGAAGCCUCCUUAUUUACUGCCUGCUGCUACUUGUGCUGUUUUUUGCAGCCAAACUUCAUUACAAUUGCACCAACUUUGAAUUCUUUUUAUCUUUUCACAAAAACCCCUUUUUGCUUUUUGCAAUUCAGAUUGGAAAAAAGUUUGUCUUUAAGAGGAAGUCAAGAACGCACCAUACACGAAAAACAACUAGAAAACCAGAAUUAAAAGCGAAAAUGUAUGGUUCGGGUAUUGACUUUUUGUUCAUCGACUUACAUUUAUCCUAUAUCUUUCUUCUCUAUUUUAGCUGAUAUGUCGUCUUCUGCAGCAUUGUUAUAUCAUUUAAUGCAUUAUCUGUGAUAAUUUUACACACUUUUGGAUGCGAA